AUGGCCUCGUCCUUCGCUCGGCCGCGCAGCGGUUCCCUGUCCGCGGGCACCUUGCGCCUCCUCCCGGGCUCCUCCGGCGGCUCGCUGCGCGGCAGCUCCGGCGGCUCGGACUCCUGGUUCUCCCUGUCCCGCCUCCACGCGGCGCUGCCUGCGGCGCGAGCCAGCCUCGGCCAGGGCGGCGGGGACCCGGUCUUGCUGGGCCCGGGCCGGCAGCAGGAGGCGCUGCAGAGCUUGAACGAGCGCCUGGCGGGCUACUUGCAGCGCGUGCGGGGGUUGGAGGCGGCCAACCGGGCCCUGGAGGAGGAGAUCGCCGCCACCCGGGCGCGCAGGGCCGGGGCGGUCGGCCACAAGGACUGGGAGGCCUGCGAGCGGCCCCUGGCCGAACUGCGCAAGCAGGUCGAAGAUCUAAACAUGGAGAAUGUCAAACUGCUUCUGCAAAUAGACAAUGCCAGGCUAGCAGCUGAUGACUUCAAGCAUAAGCUGGAAGCUGAGCAAGCUGUGUGUGACAGUGUACAAAAGGAUACCCAUGGGCUGCGCAAAAUGAUAGAUGACACUAACUUCCUACGUAUGAAGCUGGAAGGGGAGCUGGAGUCCCUCAGAGAGGAACUGGCUCACUUACGCAAAAGCCACAAAGAGGAAGUAGAGGCUCUCAAUGCCCUGAUUGCCAACUCCGAUGUAACAGUGCAAGUAGAUAAUCCACAGAAGCAAGACCUGAGUGAACGCAUUGCUGAGAUCCGCAGCCAGUAUGAAGAAGUGGCUGAGCAGAACCGUGCUGAAGCUGAGAACUGGUACAAAAACAAGUUUGAUUCCAUGUCCCAAGAGGCUGACGUGAACACCCAAGCACUGGAAGAAGCCAAAAGCGUGUUGACAGAGCUUCGUCGGCAGCUACAGGGUCUGGAGAUUGAACACCAGACUCUUCAGAAAAUGGUGGAUACCCUGGAGAACACCGUGAAGAAUACAGAAAACCACUAUCGCAAUGACUUGGGCAAUCUCAACGGUGUCAUUAUCAAGCUGCAAGAUGACCUGGCAGCCUGCCGGGCUGACCUGGAAAGGCAGGCCCGAGACUACGAAGCCCUUCUGGACCUCAAGACCAAGCUGGAGAAUGAGAUAGAGCACUACCGCAGUCUGAUUGAGGGUGCAACAGACAGAGGGGAGCUGCAGAACUCAGGCAAAGCAGACACCAGGAGACAAACCAUUAAGAAGGUAGUGAUUAUGACGCAAGAGCUUGUGGAUGGGCAAGUGGUAGCACAGACAUCUGAGGAAGGGAUCCAGUAAGUUAAUCACCUGUGUCAGUGCACUGCUAAUCCCUGCAUCACAAGCUUCUACUACCGAAUA